CUUUGGCAGGCGUGUUGACAUGGCUGAAUGAAAUCCAUAACAUGCCAACAAUCGUUUCAAACUUGAGAUUUUCUGUAAAGUAGACCGCGUACACAUUACUCAUUAGUAAUUUGUUAAUAACGUGCGGAAUCAUGACAAAACUUUCUAGGCCUCAAGGCCCUAAAGGACUCUCACUGAACAAACCAGCUCCUGGUGCUAAGGGUAAAAUCAGGAAGCUUAAGAAUAAGAACAGAUCAUGUUUGCUGCCAAGACCUGCCAAAAUGGGCCGCAAGGGCUGGCUGGGGUUUGCCGAGCGAUGUCGGCGCAUGACAGCAAAUCCCAUCAAGAUCCUGCAGCAGCAAACUGGGGCCACUGACAGGACACAUCUCAGCCAUGCUAUUGCCAAGUGGAAGCCACUUAAUUUAUCUUCACAGUUUGUUGCGCUGCAGCGCGAGUUGGGACCAGACGUGCAGAGUCUGGCACAGUUGUUGUACCACCGCAAGCGUGUUGCUGCCAUACUGCUGCGUCAUCUUGCUAGACAUAAUGACACUGCUGCAGGAGAAGAAGAACUUACUGCAGAACAGUUGCAUGUACAAGCUUUGGCUAAACUCCAAACAUCAGCCUCCACAGAAGCUGGUGAUCUCACCCAGACUCAUGACAAUGACCUGUCAAGUGACAGUACUGCUCUUGAGACACAUGAUGAUGAGAAUUUUGUGUCUUCAAACCUGAUCCCUAAAGAGGCCAGUUACUUUACUCGUAGGUCCCGUGAACAGGAUUCCUCAGCUGAAGAGCAACAAAAUUCAGUGCUUGAGCCUCUGUUGCAUUUAGUGGUGGCUUUUGCAACAGACAUACCCCAGCAUUUUUACGAGCAUCACUUCUAUGAGUUUUUACCCCACAUUGUCAGCUACUGUGACUCUCAGGAGCCAGCACAAAUCGAGCAAGUAUUUUCAUGCUUGCUGAAUCUCCUAGUUACCCUCAAGUCUGAUCUCAUACGUGAACCAUUCAAGCUUUACUCUCAAUGUUUUGCCGACCUGCUGUCCAGCUCACGGCCUUGGUACAUCAACGACAUUGCCGUGCAAACCUUCGCCUUCAUUGUGCGCAAGGUGGUGGAUAAGGAGCUGUUCUUCUAUCAAGUCUUCAAGCGACUGGCCAAGGAUCCAAGCCAGGCCAAGGGGCUUGGCAAGCUGCUCACGGCCGUCAUGAAGUCCAAUAGCCUGAACCGCGUACACAGCGUCACUGCAGAAGUGGUGCGCAUUAUGCUUAACCUGCUGGCACUUUCCCGUGUUCCACAGGCUCUUACUUUGGAGGCUUUCCUUGUUGGUCUUAAGGGCUUGUUAUGUUUCAUUGCUCUCAAGAACUCUCUUAAGAAUUGGCAGGAAUUCUGGGCUGAAGAUAACGAGCGUGUGUGGACCCCGAUUUGGCGACACCUUGAUGCGCUAGUGCAAGAACUGCCACCUAUGGAAGCCCUUGCUUCAUGUAAGGGCGACGCUGAAGACGAGACAGACUUGCCAUCCAAAGUAUUGGAUGCAAGACAGGAAGAGGAGACAAAUAGCGAUGAUGGCGGAGAGAUGAGUGACAUGAAAGAGUUACGUAUAAGACUUGGCAUAAAAAGCUCCUCAGCCUCGAGGACUUCAACGUGUACGGUCAGUGUUGACUGUCAGCUGACAUCUGUUCUAUCUGUUGUAAAGUUUUUAGUCGAAUUUAAGCGGGGAAGUUUGCUGCCUGACGUCUGUCUAGUGUUCAACAAGAUUGAGAGUCUAUUGGCACGCCACUCAUCGCCAGAAGUUGGCCAUCUUAUUGCAGAUAUUCUCGUGUGCCUUUUAAAGUCACCAAAGCAUCAGGCUUGUCCUGGAAAUUAUGAAGCAGCCGUGCCUCUUCAGGUCCGCCGCAACCGUAUUAUUUCCCUCAUGUUUCAGUCUAAUUUCCCCGCCCCUGUUUUGUUCUCUUUCGCGCGUGGCUGUUCAUCGCUGGAACAUUUCCAACACGAAGUGCUUCCCAAACUCCUACGAUAUCUUGACAGCAUUGUGUUUAGCUCUCAGGAUGAUGAAACUAGGCUGUCUGUGUUGUCCCUUGUGAUGGAUCUGUUGCUCCAUCACCAACCUCCAGUCACCUGCGGUGAACAACUUUCUCAGUGGCAGAAAUAUCCUCUGUUAUUCAGUAAAAGGUGUCCCGCGAAUACCGACAAAAUGAGCCCCAGCUCCGUGCCGGAGCUGCUAGAGUCUCUGGCGUGCGGAGGUCUGAUGGACGACCUCAGCAACAUUGAAGCCCUUCUCACAUCCGUCUUGUGCGUGCCUCACGUAGAGCCUUUGGACUGCCAGGAGAUGGCCUCUUAUCUUGCAGGCAUACUCAGCGAUGCACUUAAUAGUCUUCAAGUGUCACCUAAAACUGUCAUGGCGACCGAAGAACUCACUCCCUUAGAUCGCCCCGUCACCAAGAAACGCUCGCUUGAAAAUGGAGUUGAGAAUCCAAAUUCCGGCUCCUCUCUUCCAGUUUUUGACUUCAACAUCGAUGUUUCCUUGGACCGCUCAACACACAUGCUACUUUUCCUCGUAGAUGUCACUGUCGAGGCGUUGGCUCACACGCUGUCUACGAGAGACUUCCUCGCUACCCUCACGGGCAUGAAUGUCAUUAAUAUCCUACGAGGACACCCACAGCACCGAGAGAACGAGCACCUCCUUAGAGCCAUCGACAUAUACCUCACCAUUGCUGCUCAAGCACCCGAUAAUCUAGAUGAUUUUGUAACAAACCCAAUCUCGGAAGAAACUUUCUGUGCUGUUUACAAGAUACUGGCGCCGUCUUUAGCCUCACCCAGCGCCCAGACCCGCAUGCUCGUCGCUCACAUCCUUUCGUUGUUCCCUCUGCAGCUCCCUCCGCCUCCCAAUGGCACCGCCAAACUCGAAAACCUCUUCCAAAUCAUGUACAAAAUCGAAUCCAUGCAAGUCACGGCCCUCAACUACAACGAACGAUUGCGCCUGCUAGCGCUCUUGGACCACGAGCGCGUUGAUGCACGAAGUCCUGUGUCUGGUAUAUGUGAACUCGCGCCAGUACUCUUCGGCAUCGGCCAAAUGUACGUCAACCUACGUCCGGUGUGGGGAUAUGCUGUUGUCUACGUCUCUGCCUUUGCUAAGAAGCUCAGCCAAGAUAACUUUUGGCCACUGUGGAUAUCGAAGCUAAAGCUCGUUUCUCACGCCGCCUUGUCGUCUGCGAUGCAUUCCACAGAAGGGAGUUUGAGUUCCACAUGUAAAACUGCAAGUUUGGUGCGCGUGCACGAGUACUUGACAAGCCACGCGGGAUCUGGUAAACUCUCAAGUCGAAUAGACCAUGCCAACGUGCGUAACCUAAUGUGGAAAACCAUGCACAGAUUCCCGAAUAUUUGUGAGCUGCGCAACAGAGACAUUGUGAGCACCUUCUUCCAGUUCAUGGAGGAGGAGAUGGAAAUGACAGACUUCAGCAUGGCUCCCACUGAGAACUUGGAGAAAACGGGGCUCUCUGCUACUGCUAAAACUGAAGAUUGUUCUGAAGAACACGAUGAAGAUGAGGCUGAUGAUGGAGAAAUUAACGACUCUGAUGAUGAUGAAAACCCUGAUGAUGAUGACCGCUUAGAUGAUAACAAUCAGUCUAAAAAUUCCGAAUUGGACGAAUCUACUGUUCUUGACGAAACUCAGAAAGACCCUGAAAAUAGCGACGUGAGAACUAAAAAAAACCGUAGAAGCAAGCUUGUUAUCAACUCCUUAUGUAACUACCUGAACUUGUUUGCUAAAUUCUACAACUUGAAGUCUGUUCACAUGGCCGACUCGCUCGAGAAGAUCUUUAUGGACUUGCUGGUGCACCCAAGCAUGCGUGUACAGGAGCUAUCCUUGUCGUGCGUUUUGGCGCUGAAGAAACGAUCGAUCUUGCCGUAUAAAGAUAGUCUCUGCCUCAUCCAGUCUAACAAAGCAUUCAAAAGAGGCGUGAUGGCUUUGCGCGUAGACAGUUCAGGUGACGACACCAACAGCGUGGCCGAAGAACAUCGCUCUGAACUCAUGCCCCUGUACAUCAGACUUCUUUACAGUAAGAUGCUCACCAGCGUCGGUAGGAACACAACAGGCAAAAAUAAGAUCCUCGUCAGGAAGACGACUGUGAUGCGUCUGCUGGCGGGCAUCAGGGACGAGGAAAGUAAAUAUCUCCUGCAUUUGGCCUUUGAGAUUCUGGAACCUCAUUUGCAGGGUUCGUGUUCCGAGGUUGUGGAUGCCGCAUUCCGAGGCCUUGAUGCCUCAAAGAGCAUUCCAUUAAAACGCAUGUACGGAGUUCUAAGUUCCUUGGACAGCAUGAUACAUUAUCUCGGUAACCUUCUCCCAACCAAGCAGUCUUAUUUCCUCAAAGUUAUUCUCCUGUUGCUGAGUCACGCUACCGUUCUUAAAGACCACACACCUUCGGUUCAUCAUUCACACAAGAACCUAUUGAAGAAAAUCAAAAACAGGGCCAUGAAUGAGUUGCUCAAGUUCUACGAUUCUUUUCAAAAUUAUAAUUGGUCCCAAGAUGAGUUGGAGGCAGUGUUCAAGUGUGUUGUGUGGCCGUCUCUCAUUCAGCUGCCCACAGAGGGCGUUAUAAACGUUCACCCUGUAUUGAAGCUCUUCAGUAAGUGGUCAGAGAAUGAGUAUCUGCACCCACUCUUCAUCAAGCAUCACCCUGAUGAUGUUACCUUGUCACCUCUGCCGUACAUCUUCUCCCUAGCCACCGAGCCUAAGUGCCGCGUUGGGGUCAUCAAUUUUAUCCUCAACAUCGUCCACAACCUCAUCGGCCAGAACGAGUCUAUGGUCGAGACGAGCGACGAACGCCCCAGGAAAUUCAAGAAAGGAAAAUUUGGCAAGGAGGAAGUGAAGGCAAGCCCAAAGCCGAGCGACUCGACUUUCGUAGACAUGAUACGCUGUGACAACCUGCUGACCGUCGCCGAGCCUACGAAGUUAGUGGACGUCAGCGAAACACCGACUUUGGGAACGAAAAUCCUCCUUCCCUACAUCCGCGCUCUGUGUUCCUGCAUGCAGACGGUGCUGCACCAGCUGCUGCGCAAGUCGGGCCGCGAUACGAAGCUUUUGCGUAUCUUGUGUCUGGUUACACAAUUUGUGUGUGAUGAUGAGGAAGGAGAUAAACUUCUCAGCCUCAUCAUUCCUAUGCUGGUCAAGAAGAAGACUGAUGACACAGAAGUUAUCAAUCACUUACUCCUGACUUCGUCGAAUCUACUGCCUAUCUCUAAGAACGUAGAGAACUUCUCUUUAAAGAUGCUUCCGCUAUUCCGUAGUCUUGUGAACCAAUCCUCGCGAGUUCAGCUCUGCAACGUCUAUGAAAAGCUUGGGAAAAAACAAAACCAGUUUAAAGACUUAUCUGAUGUCAUGUCAGGUCUCAACAGCUGGGAAGAGUCAUUCAUGGACUCCAUAGAUGUUGGUCGUAGAACUAAGUCGUACAAGCGUCUCGUGUGUUUGCUGCAGUCUACUCAGCAGUUUGAUGUCACCUUGUUUCAGUUUGCCGUUCAUCAGACAUCUUACGACCUGCAUCGAAUGACGGACAUCACUCUACAGGAGAGUGCUGUUGUAGCCGCCACGGAAGUGAUGCGGUCGAGUUUGCGUUUCUGCGAUAGUAAUCGUGCCCAGGUUAAUAGUUUGUUGAACUCCAUCUUGGUUUCCAUCAAGCGAGGUGUGACUGCUUCAUCUGACGUGGUGCAUUGCUUGCACCUGAGGCUUCUUGGCGAGGCCGUGCAUCUGGCCGGCGAUCACCUCAAGCCUCUGAAAGACCUGAAGAACAUUAACCCCGACAUAGAUUUCUUCAAAAAUGUGUCACACCUACAGAUGGCACGCCGAGCUCUAGUGCAGAAUAAGCUCAUAAGUGGCAUGGUAUCGGGCAAGUUCCCCCUAAAGGUGGAGACCAUCGAGAUGUUCUUGUGGCCGUUGUUGUGCCGUUACAUCACGAACCACCACUAUGCACAGGAGACCGCACUUAUGAACGCCACCUACACGAACCUGCUGGAGGUUGUGUUGCGGCUCUCCUGGAAGACGUACUUGUCAGGACUCAAAUUCUUCCUGCAUCGACUCAAGGACGACUCAGAAGGCAACAGACUCACCCUCAAAGUCGUGGGCAUCAUUCUUGAUGGCUUCCAUGAGGACGUUUCUGGCCUCGUGCUGCGCAAGACCAAGCUCCCUCGGGGCUCCAAAAAAGGCAAGAAAGUGCCACAAAAAUCUCGCAACCGUCAAUCCAAAAGUAGAGGUGCUAGCAAAAUGAAAAGUAAAAAAGCUAAUCUUAAAGCAUCUAUCAAUGAAACUGGGACAGAGAUUCCAAUCAAAUCCAACGAAGAUGAAGAGAGCCUCGUUUCGACAGAAAUUAAACCUCCCGUCGCUCCUGAAGACUCCAUCAAGACGAACGCGCCUGUAGACGCUGCUAAGAACGCUCAUUGCCUCAUAGUGUACAACGCUUUAGUGCGGGAGAUCAUUCCUGGCCUCAAACGAGUGUUUGAGUCUCGCUCUGAGGCUGACGGCUUCCACAAAAUGAACAAAACCAAGCGUGCGAGUGACGACGACAUCAAGAAAAUUCCCUUGGCCCUCCCUCUGGUCAAGGUGCUAAAAAAAUUUCCUGAAAGCGUUUUGGAAGCAAAUCUGAGCAAUGUGUUCUACCAGCUUAUGUGCUAUUUGCGUUCCCAUGUCCCAUACAUAAGACGAGAGGCUCGGGAAACCAUCUUGAAGGUGUUGAAGGAGGUGGGUGGCAAGUUCUUUCCCGGUCUUGUGCUAGAUUUGCGCGUCAAUCUCAAGAUGGGCUUCCAAAGACACGUCCUGAUUCACCUGAUUAAGUCGAUCUUCGUGAGCUGUGCUGAUAUUCUCAAAAGUAAUUACGUUUGCCGCUGCUUAACUGAAAUUGUUGAGCUUUGCUGCGAGGAGUUGUUCGCCAACAAGGGAGUUGAAGACCGUGCGGACGACCGCGAGAAAGAUUCCGAACCCGUGGAAGAAGCUAAAGGAGAUAAGAAGAGUUACGUGAUCAUGGCUGCGCUUGGGAGAUUUGUUCAGGUCCAGCGCGUUGAGGAUGUGUUGGGGCCCCUCAAAGAGGUCCUGACAAGCACUCACAGAAAGUCUGUGGUCACGAUGGUCGAGAAAUGCGUCACAAACUUCAUGCUUGGACUCGAGAGCAACGAAUCUGUUACGCUGGUGGAGAAGCUUAUUCUCGCCUAUGGUAUCCUCACCGAGAAAGUUGUCGAGUUCAAAAAAGAAGGAAACGCUGAAGAAGCCAUAAAAACGGUGUACGAUAUUCCAGAUCGCAUGCUAUUGGAGCCAGAACCUAAACGGGUCAAGUUGAGUGCCAAGACUUCUACAUCGACCAACAGCUACGUCUUGGUCAACUUUGCAUUCGGUCUUCUCUUCAAACUGCUGCAGAAAAAUGCCUUGUCACGUGAUGAUCCCGAACACAAUGGACUACUGGAUCCGUUUGUCGGCCUCCUCAUGAAUUUCCUACACUCCAGUCACCCUGAAGUGACCAUGUCGUGUCUGAAGUGCUUUGCCAUUCUCGCUCGCUUUCCUUUACCUUCACUUAAAGAAAAAAUUGGACCUCUUGUCGCUCAACUGUUCGUGUUACUCAAUAAAUACAACUCUACGGAACUCGAGAAAGGCCUCAUGUUCAACAUGGUUCAACUCACCUUCCGAUGCUUUGCCGUCAUUCUUAAGCACGUUGACUACUAUACUCUAACAGCUGACCACAAGCGAGUCCUGCUUGUCUACAUGAAAGACAAUCUCAUGAACCAGGCGCAGCAGAACACCGUCUUCUCUCUCCUGCAGACCAUCAUUGAGAAGAAGCUGCAAGCACCGGAGCUCCUUGAGGUCAUGGAGGUCAUUAAGAAGUUCAUCGUGACUCAUGGUUCCAUUUCAGUGCUGGACCAGUGCCGCAAAUUAUACUUUGAUUACCUUACCAAUUAUCCGACUCCUGUGGCGACUUUGACGGAAAAUUUUCUUUACUACAUUGAGAAUCUGAACUACCCGACGGUCUCAGGCCGCGUCUCAGUGUGUUUGAUGAUUGAUAACUUACUGGCUAAUGUCACCAAUGGGAUUUUCACGCAGAAAAUCACCCGAAAGUUAUGGCUCAAACUCGUCUUGACUUUGAUUAGGGAAGAAAAUGAAGACUGUCGUAAGCACCAAGAGGUGAGCUUGUCUCAGACUUUUAUUAACUCGCAACACAAGCAAUUUCUCGUAAAAGAAGCACUCAAGCUCAUGACCAGCGACGCGGACGCCACCCGCACCGCCGCUGCCACCAAUAUUCAGGUGGCUUGUUUGUCGUUGCUCGCGUUUUUGCGAGAAACGGAAGUUGAGCUCCCUAAAAACUUCUUCUCUGAUGUCCUCCCUCGAGUCGUGCAGCUGCUCAACCCUGAAAACUUCACGCCCAUUCCCCUAGAUGACGAAGACUGCACUGUUCUGGCCCAGCAGAUGUGUGUGGACAAAGCCCUUUUGGUGCUCCUUCGACUUUUUCAGAGGUUACACGAGUUGUAUCAGCAUGACAGUAAAUGGAUCUCGAUUACUAGUGAGGCAUGGGGACACGUGCGUGAAUACAUACUUUAUAAUGAGCUGGACGUUAGACUACAGGCGAAUACUCUAUUAGGGAAACUCUUUGCUUCGUACCCACUGGAGCAGAAACCUUGCCCGACCAUAGCUGCAUCCACCACCAAAGUGAGGAGUCUAGUCAAAGAUUUGGUUGCCCAAUUCCGAUGUCCUGUAUCAGUGGAAAGCAAAUUCCAUCAGCUGUGCCUGAUGGCCGUACGCAACCUAAUUUAUCUCAUCAGACAGAGCAACAAGGUGCCGAUGGUGAGCGCGGACGUGGCGCACGAGAAGCGUCAGCUCUCCAACUCCCUCGCCAAGAGCUUGUCACUCAGUCUCAAGACGGUCAAGGAACACGGCGAUAUUGCUGCCAGUGCCGUGUGGGUGAUGUCCUUGGUUUGCAAGGUGGCCGUGGAGGACCUCAAUACUAAGAGGACUGUGCGUCGGGAGGCGGCAUUUAAUCUCAUGGCGGGCGUUGUGCUCCUACUGGAGGAGAAGCUGAAUACCUGCAUGCCUGUGCUUGAGGUGAUCAUGACCGAGAUAGCCAGAGAGAACAAACAAGAACAAGAAGAUAACGAGAACAAAGACGGAGACAAGUCUUUGCCCGUAGUAAAAGAAGUGUCUGAGCUCAUUAAGGAGAAACUAGGAUGGGAAAAAUACGGAGAGUUGCUGCAUGCCGCCGAACGCGGCUUGAACCAAAAGCGUUUGUCUCGGAAGGCGAAUAAAAAAGAAAGAUUCAUCAGAAACCCAGAGUUAGUGGAGGCCGAGAGGCAGAGAAAGCAGAGACACCUUAAAGCCUCCCUCAGGAGGCGCAAGUUGGAAGGCGGACCGGCGCUUAAACGCAAGAAAAGAAAAACCAAUGAAGCGGCGGUGCAGAUUUAAUUUCAUUUAAACCGUUUAUGUUGUCAUGUUAGAGUCGUUUAGAGGAUGUAGAGGACCUGAUGUGUUGCUGCUGGCAGACUUAACAUAGUUACUGUUGAAGGCAGACUGAACAUUUUUAAUUUUGAGAUACACAGUUUGUUGUCUGAAUGUUUCAUUGUGUUGCUGUUUAUACGCACACGUGUCUUGUCCAGGUUUUCCUGUGGUUGGUUUUACAAUAAUUUCAGUUCAUCAAUCUGGAGAGCCUAAUGUUAUUCAACCAUCUAGUUAAAAAUAAUGGCAGGGGCUGAAAAAUAGAAUCUUAUCAUUGCUUGUAGUUUGAAAGUCGCGCUGGGAAAUUGGAAUUGUUAAUGCUGUAUAAAUUGAAGCUAAACCAAUCUUGAAUAAUUACACUAUAUAUAUCUUGUUUUGGGGCAUGACUCGACUGUUGAUUGCCAACACUUCUCUACCCAGGCCAUUGUCUUGCCCAAAUGCCCACUCAUGCCUCCAUACCCCCCGACCCCCCACACAUCCCCACAUGCCCCUCUCUGUUAUAUCGUUGGUUAUUAUCGCCAUAUUAUUCCUGUCCUUCGUAACCCUGACCGCUGCUGCCAAUGAUGGCUGUGUGAUAGGUGACCUGCGAUGUGCCUGCCUAUUGAAGUUUGUCAACCAUGAAUAAUUUGGCAUCCUGAAACAAUAAUGUACAUAAAUACAAUGGAGAAAGACG